AUGGCUCAUAGGCUGCUGAGGGACGCAGAAGCUGAUGGGUGGGAGCGUUCUGACUUCCCUAUCAUAUGCGAAUCGUGCCUUGGCGACAAUCCUUAUGUUCGAAUGACAAAAGCUGAUUAUGAUAAGGAGUGCAAGAUCUGUACUAGGCCCUUCACCGUGUUCAGGUGGAGGCCUGGCCGUGAUGCAAGAUAUAAGAAGACUGAGAUCUGCCAGACUUGCAGUAAGCUGAAAAAUGUAUGUCAAGUUUGCCUGUUGGAUCUUGAGUAUGGGCUCCCUGUUCAGGUUCGGGAUACUGCUCUGAGUAUCAAUUCCAAUGAUGCCAUUCCAAAAAGCGAUGUGAAUAGGGAGUACUUUGCAGAGGAGCAUGAUCGCAGGGCUAGAGCUGGGAUAGAUUAUGAAUCUUCUUAUGGAAAGGUGCGUCCAAACGAUACCAUUAUGAAGCUCCAAAGAACUAAACCAUACUACCAGAGAAACCGAGCUCAUGUUUGCAGUUUUUAUGUUCGAGGUCAAUGUACAAGAGGCCCAGAGUGCCCUUACAGGCACGAGAUGCCUGUUGAAGGUGAAUUGUCUCAGCAAAAUAUCAAAGACCGCUACUAUGGAGUGAAUGACCCAGUUGCUUUGAAACUUCUGAACAAGGCUGGAGAGAUGCCUUCUUUAGAACCUCCCGAGGACGAGAGCAUAAAAACCCUGUACGUGGGUGGUCUCGACGCAAGGAUAACCGAGCAAGACCUUCGUGACAGCUUCUAUGCCCACGGCGAGAUCGAGUCGGUGAAGAUCGUCCUCCAGCGGGCCUGCGCCUUUGUCACCUACACCACCCGAGAAGGCGCUGAGAAAGCAGCCGAGGAGCUCUCGAACAAGCUUGUUAUCAAGGGCUUACGGCUCAAGCUCCUCUGGGGACGCCCUCAGUCCCAGAGGCCCGAACUCGAGGGCCCAUCUGGUGAAUCAGGGCAGCAGCAGCAGCAGCAGCAAUCGUCUGUGGCGCACAGCGGGCUUUUACCACGGGCUGUCAUAUCACAGCAGCAGAACCUUCCGCCCAGUGGGCCCAGCCCACAUCCCCCACCUGUUCCGUAUUUCAAUAUCCCGCCUUUGAUGCCUCAGCAGGACAGGGCUUAUUACCCAUCAAUGGACCCACAGAGGAUGGGGGCUCUCGUGCCGGGUCAAGAUGGGGGCCCGCCGGGUGGGCCAUCGGGCUUGGGCCAGAGCUCAGUUGGUGGGCCCGGACAAAGCCAGCAGUAUGGAUACCCGCCUCCGGGGCAUUUCUACCCGCAUUAUUAUCCGCCCCAUGGUUAUGUUCAACCGCCACCCCUACCGGGUAAUAAUCAGCAGUAUCCUCAGGCUUACCAGAAUAGGGUGCAGCCUCACUCGGCUCCUCCUCCCGUAGGUGGCGAUCAGGCAGCUUUUCAGCAGAAUAAUGCACCAAGUGCAUGA